AUGGGAUUCAAGACUUCGCUGCUCUUGUACGGGACCGCCUGGAAAGGGGACAAGACUGCCCAUCUCACGGAAACGGCUAUUCUCUCAGGGUUCACAUGCGUGGACACUGCCAAUUACCCAACGGCGUAUGAUGAGCAGCGGACAGGAGAUGGAAUCGCGGCCGCUCUCGCGUCUGGUACAAAGCGCAGUGAUCUCUUCAUACAAUCGAAAUUCACACCGGUCUGGGCUCACGCAAAGGACAAGAUUCCCUUCAAUCCUCAUCAGAGCAUCGAGGGACAGAUAGUCGAGUCAGUACAGCAGAGUCUCGAGCACCUCCAGGUCGACUACCUGGAUUCUCUCCUGCUCCAUGUGCCCUUCGAAGACGACAAUGAUAAUCUCAUUGCGUGGAGGGUAUUGGAGACUUUUGUGCCGCACAGGAUCCGCUCCCUCGGUGUCUCCAACUUCAGCUUAUCGCAGCUUCGAGAAUUGUAUGCCUGUGCGAGAAUCAAGCCCACCAUUGUGCAGAACCGCUUCUACAAGGAGACGCGCUACGAUUUCGACGUCAGGGAGUUUUGCGCGGAACACGGCAUCACGUAUCAAGCAUACUGGAUGCUUCGGCACAACCCGGAGAUCAUGGCAUCGAGUGUCUUGAGUACCGUGGCAGUGAAGCUCAGCGUGGAGAAGGAGCUUGCGUUUUAUAUCUUAAUUCUAGGCCUGGGUGGGACACAGGUGCUUAACGGCACGACAGACCAGGGGAGGAUGGUGCAGGACUUGAAGACCGUUGGCGAGGUAUUUGGCAAUGAGGCACGGUUGCGGGAGCUGCAGCCGGAUAUUGAUGAAUUUCGGCGGCUUUUAGCGAAGUUGUCUACCUGA